GCUUUGCAGCCGCGACUUCGGCCGGACUGCGGCCGAGGCUGGGCAAGGAAGGGCAGAGAACCCGUGCCUGCAUUCAGGCGGCUCCCUUGAUUCCCCGGCUGCCCCUUGUCUGGCGAGUGGGGAAGGGAGCCGGAUGGGGCUGUUCUGGAAGAGGUUUCCUUGGAAGCAUUUGAAGUUCUGUUGCUCCUCUGUUGUCCCGUGUACUUGAACUUACUUCGGAGAUGCAUAGUCUAGUUCCUCCUCCCUCUGAUGGAUAAGCUCUGAGCCUGUGUUUCAGAGGUGUAUGCGUAGACUGGAUAAGAAAGUUCCUCAUCUACAAAAACGGUACCGGUAGCGGGGUUUCAAAUAUGUAUAUAUCUCCUUAAAUGCUUGCCUCUCGUCUUUGAGGCUAUUCCAUUUGUACCUAUGUUUCAAAGUCUCUUGAGGAGAAGACUUGAUUUCCCAGUUAGUAUUUCCCCCUUGUUUAGAACGUUCCCAACAAAAGGAUGAGAGUGGAAUAUUUUUAGGAAUUAGGGGUCUUAUGUUCUAUGUAGAAGUCACUGUUAAGGCGUUCAAGAAAUAUGAGAAAUGCUGGAAUUCUGUCUUAGUCAAGUUAUUCCAGUUUAUCUGACUCAUGAAAUGGCCACAGAUGAUAAGACUUCCCCUACAUUGGACUCCGCUAAUGAUCUGCCUCCAUCUCCUGCUAGUCCUUCUCAUCUCACACACUUUAAACCUUUGACUCCUGAUCAGGACGAACCUCCUUUUAAAUCAGCGUAUAGUUCUUUUGUAAAUCUCUUUCGAUUUAACAAAGAGAGAGGAGAAGGGGGUCAGGGAGAGCAACAGUCUCUGAGUGGAAGUUGGACCAGCCCUCAGCUCCCUUCAAGGACACAAUCUGUGAGAUCACCUACACCUUAUAAAAAACAGCUUACUGAGGAGCUCCAGCGGCGAUCUUCAGUGUUAGCAGAGGACAGUUUGCGACACCCCCAGGAGAACACAGAUACCAGAAGGAAGGCAGAACCUGCCUUUGGAGGUCAUGACCCUCGUACAGCUGUUCAGCUCCGAAGCCUCAGCACAGUAUUAAAACGCCUCAAGGAAAUCAUGGAGGGGAAGAGCCAGGAUAGUGACCUGAAGCAAUACUGGAUGCCAGAUAGCCAGUGUAAAGAGUGCUAUGACUGUAAUGAGAAAUUUACCACUUUUAGGCGCAGACACCACUGCCGACUGUGUGGGCAGAUUUUCUGCAGUCGUUGCUGCAAUCAAGAAAUCCCUGGAAAAUUUAUGGGUUAUACAGGGGACCUCCGAGCCUGUACAUACUGUAGAAAAAUAGCCUUAAGUUAUGCUCAUUCCACAGACAGUAAUUCCAUUGGAGAAGACUUGAAUGCUCUUUCAGAUUCUGCUUCCUCUGUGUCUGUACUUGAUCCGAGUGAACCCCGAACACCUGUAGGGAGUAGAAAAGCCAGCCGCAACAUAUUUUUAGAGGAUGAUUUUGCCUGGCAAAGUUUGAUUCAUCCAGACUCCUCAAAUACUGCUCUUUCAACAAGACUUGUAUCUGUUCAAGAGGACGCUGGCAAAUCUCCUGCUCGAAAUAGAUCAGCCAGCAUUACUAACCUGUCACUGGAUCGAUCUGGGUCUCCCAUGGUACCAUCAUAUGAGACAUCUGUCAGUCCCCAGGCUAACCGAACAUAUGUUAGGACAGAGACCACUGAGGAUGAACGCAAAAUUCUUCUGGACAGUGUUCAGUUAAAAGACCUGUGGAAAAAAAUUUGCCAUCACAGUAGCGGAAUGGAGUUUCAGGAUCACCGCUACUGGCUGAGAACUCAUCCCAACUGCAUUGUAGGAAAGGAGUUAGUCAACUGGUUAAUCCGAAAUGGACACAUUGCUACAAGGGCACAAGCUAUAGCAAUUGGACAGGCAAUGGUGGAUGGACGUUGGCUGGAUUGUGUCAGUCAUCACGACCAGCUCUUCAGGGAUGAGUAUGCGCUGUACAGACCACUGCAGAGUACAGAAUUUUCCGAGACCCCUUCUCCGGACAGUGAUUCAGUGAACUCUGUGGAAGGACACUCUGAGCCAUCCUGGUUUAAAGACAUAAAGUUUGAUGACAGCGACACAGAGCAGAUAGCUGAAGAAGGUGACGAUAAUUUGACCAAUUCUGCCAGUCCUAGCAAGCGCACAUCAGUAAGCAGUUUCCAGUCCACAGUGGACAGUGACUCAGCCGCUUCUAUCAGCCUGAACGUGGAGCUGGACAACGUGAACUUCCAUAUCAAGAAGCCCUCCAAGUACCCACAUGUGCCCCCUCACCCUGCUGACCAAAAAGAGUAUUUGAUUUCUGACAAUGGAGGACAACAGCUCUCAAUAAGUGAUGCCUUCAUCAAAGAAUCCUUAUUUAACCGUCGAGUUGAGGAAAAAUCCAAAGAGCUGCCUUUCACGCCUUUGGGUUGGCAUCAUAACAGCCUGGAGCUGCUGAGGGAGGAGAAUGGAGAGAAACAAGCCAUGGAGAGGUUGCUCUCAGCGAAUCACAACCACAUGAUGGCACUACUCCAGCAGUUGCUCCAUAGUGAGUCAUUGUCACCAUCUUGGAGGGACAUCAUUGUAUCACUAGUCUGCCAGGUUGUUCAGACAGUCCGACCUGAUGUCAAGAACCGGGAUGAUGACAUGGAUGUCCGUCAGUUUGUCCACAUCAAAAAAAUCCCAGGUGGAAAGAAGUUUGAUUCUGUGGUUGUCAGUGGGUUUGUUUGUACCAAGAAUAUCGCCCAUAAAAAGAUGAAUUCUUCUAUUAAAAACCCCAAAAUUCUUCUGUUGAAGUGUUCCAUUGAGUAUCUCUACAGAGAAGAAACUAAAUUUACUUGCAUUGAUCCUAUUGUGCUUCAGGAAAGGGAAUUCUUGAAGAACUACGUUCAGCGAAUAGUUGAUGUUCGGCCCACAUUGGUUUUAGUUGAGAAAACGGUAUCUCGAAUUGCCCAGGAUAUGUUACUGGAACAUGGCAUUACUUUGGUCAUUAAUGUAAAAUCACAAGUUUUAGAACGAAUCAGUCGGAUGACCCAAGGUGAUUUGGUGAUGUCGAUGGACCAGCUGCUUACAAAACCUCACCUGGGCACCUGUCACAAAUUUUACAUGCAGACGUUUCAGUUGCCUAAUGAACAGACCAAAACACUGAUGUUUUUUGAAGGCUGUCCACAGCACUUGGGCUGUACAAUCAAGCUUAGAGGAGGCUCUGAUUAUGAGCUGGCCCGAGUUAAGGAGAUCCUAAUAUUUAUGAUCUGUGUAGCUUAUCAUUCUCAACUAGAAAUCUCCUUCCUCAUGGAUGAAUUUGCUAUGCCUCCUACAUUAACACCAAACCCCUCCUUCCAUUCUCUGAUUGAGGGACAGGAGGAUGAAGGGGCUGCACAAGAGCCAUUCAGCGGAAGUCCCCUCCCCCAGGAGCCUGACUUCCCUCCGGACUUUCUGCCCUCUGAUGAUAGCAGUUUGCCAGAACCAAGGAUUCUGUUUGAGAAGGGUGAUCAGGAAACUAAAAGUGUGCCACAGGAUGUUGCCUCUUCGAAGCAUCAAGAGCAUGCCACAGCAGCUUGCCCAGCAGGUGCCCCCUGUGCUCUCUUUCCAUCGGUACCGGAAUCAUUGCUGCCGCUGCAUAUAGACGACCAACAGGAUGCCAUAGGCAGUGAGCAGCCAGAGGCUUUGCAGCAAACAGAGGAGCUACAGGAUCCCAAAAGCCAGAUGAGAGCCUUUAGAGACCCUCUACAGGAUGACACUGGCCUGUAUAUUACUGAGGAAGUUACCUCCUCUGAAGAUAAACGAAAGACUUAUUCUUUGACCUUUAAACAGGAGUUGAAAGAUGUGAUCCUCUGUAUCUCCCCAGUAAUCACAUUCCGGGAGCCCUUCCUUUUAACUGAAAAGGGGAUGAGAUGCUCUACCCGAGAUUAUUUUGCGGAGCAGGUUUACUGGUCUCCUCUCCUCAACAAAGAGUUCAAAGAAAUGGAGAGCAGGCGGAAGAAACAGAUGCUCAGGGAUCUCUCUGGCGUUCAGGGCAUGAAUGGAAGUGUUCAGGCCAAGUCUAUUCAAGUCCUGCCCUCACACGAGCUAGUGAGCACCAGAAUUGCCGAGCACCUGGGUGAUAGCCAGAGCCUGGGGAGAAUGCUGGCCGAUUAUCGGGCCAGAGGAGGAAGAAUUCAGCAAAACAAUUCAGACCCUUUCGCUUAUUCUAAGGAUGCAUCGGGUACUUCAAGUGGCAAAUCCGGAAGCAAAAGUGAAGGUGACGAAGAGAAAGGGUUGAUUACAAGUGAUGCAGUGUGGUCAACAAAGGUGGACUGUCUGAAUCCUGCCAACCACCAGAGACUGUGCGUGCUCUUCAGCAGCUCUUCUGCCCAGUCCAGCAACGCUCCCAGUGCCUGUGUCAGUCCGUGGAUUGUAACAAUGGAAUUUUAUGGAAAAAAUGAUCUCACAUUAGGAAUAUUUUUAGAGAGAUACUGUUUCCGGCCUUCCUAUCAGUGUCCUAGCAUGUUCUGUGAUACCCCCAUGGUGCAUCACAUUCGACGCUUUGUCCAUGGCCAAGGCUGUGUGCAGAUAAUCCUGAAGGAGUUGGAUUCUCCAGUACCUGGAUAUCAGCAUACAAUACUCACCUAUUCCUGGUGCAGAAUCUGCAAACAGGUAACACCAGUUGUUGCUCUGUCCAAUGAGUCCUGGUCCAUGUCAUUUGCAAAAUACCUUGAACUUCGGUUUUAUGGGCACCAGUACACCCGUAGAGCCAAUGCGGAGCCGUGUGGUCACUCCAUCCACCAUGAUUAUCACCAGUAUUUCUCCUAUAAUCAGAUGGUGGCAUCUUUCAGUUAUUCUCCCAUUCGGCUUCUUGAAGUGUGUGUUCCACUUCCCAAAAUAUUCAUUAAACGUCAGGUCCCACUAAAAGUGUCCCUUCUUCAGGAUCUGAAGGACUUCUUUCAAAAAGUUUCACAGGUAUAUCUUGCUGUGGAUGAAAGACUCGCAUCUUUGAAAACUGAUACAUUUAGCAAAACAAGAGAGGAGAAAAUGGAAGAUAUCUUUGCACAAAAAGAGAUGGAAGAAAGCGAGUUCAAGAGCUGGACUGAGAAGAUGCAAGCACGGCUCCUGUCUUCCUCGGUGGAGACCCCUCAGCAGCUGCAGUCGGUCUUCGAGUCACUCAUCGCCAAGAAACAAAGCCUCUGCGAAGUGCUGCAGGCUUGGAAUAACAGGUUGCAGGACCUUUUCCAGCAAGAAAAGGGUAGAAAGCGGCCUUCAGUUCCUCCAAGUCCUGGAAGACUGAGGCAAGGGGAAGAAAGCAAGAUAAGUGCAAUGGAUGCAUCUCCACGGAAUGCUUCUCCAGGACUUCAAAACGGGGAAAAAGAGGACCGCUUCUUAGCUACCCUGUCCAGUCAGAGCUCCACCAGUUCCCCCCACCUCCAGCUGCCCACUCCGCCGGAAGGUGUGCCUGAGCAGGCCGUGGGAGGCCCCCCAGAACUUGAUACCACCAGCAGUUCCGAAGAUGUAUUUGAUGGACAUUUGCUGGGAUCUGCAGACAGCCAGGUGAAGGAAAAAUCAACCAUGAAAGCCAUCUUUGCAAAUUUGCUUCCAGGAAACAGCUAUAACCCUAUUCCAUUUCCUUUUGAUCCAGAUAAACACUACUUAAUGUAUGAACAUGAACGAGUGCCCAUUGCAGUCUGUGAGAAGGAGCCCAGCUCCAUCAUUGCUUUCGCUCUCAGUUGUAAAGAAUACCGGAAUGCCUUAGAGGAGUUGUCCAAAGUGACUCUGCGGAACAGUGCUGAAGAAGGGCUUCCAACAAACAGUACUUCAGACAGCAGACCAAAGAGUAGCAGCCCUAUUAGAUUACCUGAGAUCAGUGGAGGACAGACAAACCGUACAGCAGAAGUAGAACCACAACCAACCAAAAAGGCUUCUGGAAUGUUGUCCUUCUUCCGAGGGACAGCAGGGAAAAGCCCUGAUCUCUCUUCCCAGAAAAGAGAGACCUUACGUGGAGCAGAUAGUGCUUACUACCAGGUUGGGCAGACGGGCAAGGAGGGAACGGAGAAUCAAGGCAUUGAGCCUCAAGAUGAAGUAGAUGGAGGAGAUACACAGAAGAAACAACUCACAAAUCCUCAUGUGGAGCUCCAAUUUUCUGAUGCCAACGCCAAGUUUUACUGUCGGCUCUACUAUGCGGGAGAGUUUCAUAAGAUGCGAGAAGUGAUUCUGGGCAGCAGCGAAGAAGAUUUCAUUCGUUCCCUUUCUCACUCUUCUCCGUGGCAGGCCCGAGGAGGCAAAUCAGGAGCUGCCUUUUAUGCGACUGAAGAUGAUAGAUUCAUUUUGAAGCAAAUGCCUCGUCUGGAGGUCCAGUCUUUCCUUGACUUUGCACCGCACUACUUCAAUUAUAUUACAAAUGCCGUUCAACAAAAGAGGCCCACUGCAUUGGCCAAGAUUCUUGGAGUUUACAGAAUUGGUUAUAAGAAUUCCCAGAACAACACUGAGAAGAAGCUAGAUCUCCUUGUCAUGGAAAAUCUUUUCUAUGGGAGAAAGAUGGCACAGGUUUUUGAUUUGAAGGGUUCACUUAGGAAUCGAAAUGUAAAAACCGAUACUGGGAAAGAGAGUUGUGAUGUAGUCCUGCUGGAUGAAAAUCUCUUAAAGAUGGUUCGAGACAACCCUCUGUAUAUCCGUUCUCAUUCCAAAGCUGUGCUGAGAGCCUCAAUCCGUAGCGACUCCCACUUCCUUUCUAGCCACCUCAUUAUAGAUUAUUCUUUGCUGGUUGGGCGAGAUGAUACCAGCAAUGAGCUGGUAGUUGGAAUUAUAGAUUAUAUCCGAACAUUUACAUGGGACAAAAAGCUUGAGAUGGUUGUGAAAUCAACAGGAAUUUUAGGAGGACAAGGUAAAAUGCCGACUGUGGUCUCUCCAGAGCUGUAUAGGACCAGAUUUUGUGAAGCAAUGGACAAGUAUUUCCUGAUGGUACCAGACCACUGGACAGGCUUGGGUCUGAACUGCUGAAACGAAGCACAUAUUUUGAAAUGGACCAGGAAGAAAAGGGGCCUGGAACCAAGGACCAAAAAUAAGCUACAUGUUUUAUUCCUUCAUCACAUUCACCACUGUAUGCAAAGCCCUUUCAGUUCUGCGGCUGUGGAGGCCAUCUGUCGCCUGAAGGGUUAAAACUCCAUGGAUUUGCACUUUGGUUUUUUGAUACCGACAAAUGAGCUAUCCAUAGGCUGGGAUGUUGCAUGAACAUUUUGUUCACUUAAGCUGAAAUCUAGGCAUAUUUCAAAGGGCUGAGGACAAAUGUAUGGUUAGAGAUGAGAUAGGGUGAAAAAAUGGGUUGUCAUAUUUGCUAGCAAUUCUGUUAAGAGAACAGUGUCUCAUAGAUUAUGACUCUCCCGGCAUCAUAUUGGACGGAUUCUUUACCUAGAAAGCAUUUGUAGACCUGGUGAAUUUGUUUUGUGUUUCUUAUGUAACAAUUUAAUGUUACCUCUUAUCAGAAUUUCUGAAACCUUAAAAAAAUUCUGAAUUAUUUUAUUAAUGGCCAGUUAAACAAACAGAUUGAUACAGUCUAUUCUUGUUUUAUUGAGGAAUUUGACUUAAAUUGAGAGUCCUGUCAUGUUCUGUAUCUUGCCCUGUUUUCAAGUGUGUUUGAUAUUUUUCAAGUUCUGUCUCGACUUGUCUGUGGGUGACAGGAGGCUACAGCCAGUAACUUUAAGCCUUUUUCUGGAGCUGUUUUUUGAAGCUUGUUUACAGCUUUUGUGCAAGUAAUAUGCUGAACUGCACUUGUCUACACAUGCUCAUACUCUAGGUUUUUCUCCCACUUUCAGGGAAACAUUAGUAAAUUAGUCUACAAUGACUAAAUCCCCAAAGGGAUAAUUAUUAAUGAAGGGUUUUUUUAAAUAUAAAAAAUAAAUUAGGCCUGAUCCAGUAAAUUGGGUGAGGGAAGCACUUGCUUUAUUUUUUAUAAGGAUAAAGUAUCCUUUUCAAUAUAACUAGCAAUUUAUGUGGCAUCUAUAUAAAACUAAGAAGUUUCCAGUAUGGACAUCCCUGUUUUCUAACUUUCUGUACCAGUUUCUAGGCCAGUUCUGACUAUUGAGAAAUGUUAACAGAUAAGAUAUUCUUAGUGAGAAACUUAUUGUUUAAUAGAGUUUUUGUUUAUUUAAAAAGUGAUCAGAAGUAUAUUAAACUGUCUUUGAGGAAGAUAACACAACCCCGAAUAUUUUCUCUUGGUUUCUUUUCCGUAAUAAGGAUAAUUUUGGGUUUGUAAAGUUUUAAGGGUUCCACUCUUUUCAGGCUUCCUAUAAUAGCAUGUUUCUAUUGCAACUUUCACAUAAUAAGAAAAAAUCUGGUUACAUUCCAAUUACAGAGACUAAGUAUGUAAAAUAGGAACAUUUUGGAAAGUUUGCUGGAGAAAACAAAAGCAUUAGUUUGGUGCCUGGUGCUUAUUAGAAACAUGGUUUGUUCUGUACUAGAAAGAAACUGACCAAGGACUUACUACUGAUCUGAUGAUAAGCACUUGUUUCUUUUUUAACAUGUGAUGUGCCUUUUGAAAACGUACAGAAAAAUGACGAUUUUAGUUUUGAUAUCAAAGGCCAGUAAAGGAGUUGUACAGGGCUGAAAGAUGUGGAACAUUAUUCACUUCUCAUGUGUCAGGAACAUGGAUUUUGUGUCUCAUUUUGAAUGCAAACAUAUUUUGCAUCUGUUUAUUUUUUAUGUGAGGAGACUUAGGGUUAUUUAUCCUGUCCAUUUCCCUCACCCCAGUCAGGAGCACUUCCAGGAGCAGGUGUCUUCCCCAGAUGUAAUCAGGUUGUUUUUUUUGUUUUAGUCUCAGUAACACGUGUAUAGCUUGAAUGCUCCAUCGGAAUAGCUGUUGACAAUAAUGUGUCAUGUUGAUUUUGUUUUCCUUGCCCAUGACUUGAAGAACCAAUUUUUUUUUUAAGUACUGCUGCUGUUUAGGUAAUGUUGUGGCUAAAAAAAAUUCCAAUAUGAUAUAAUCUGAAACAAUACUUGUUGCCUUGCAAGGGUGAUCUGUCCUUUUAAAACUGUCUUAAAGAAGGGGAAAUACAAAAUUUAAUUUGUUUUGAGUGGUAGAACUAUAUACCCAGCCUCUUGCUGCUCUUGUUUAGGCCACUACCAGGUACAUAAGGCUUUUCAAAUACUGUGUACUCAGUGUCAGGCACUGAAUGGUUGUUUGUUUACGUCUCUUGAAUUCCCAUUUGAGGCCUGGAGAACCUUGAUGAUGAUAAGAACAAGGAAGAAAUCUUAAUACUUUCUUCUUUAGAAUAAAAAAAUGAAUUCUGAGAAUAAUUGAUAGCACAAGAAAGCUAUGUGAACAUGUUGCAUUGUAUAAAAACCUUAUUUAUAAAUGUGAAGUGUUUUGAUGCCAUCAAAACUUUAUUUAAAAAUAAAAAAGAUUCACGCUUUUCUUACCCAGCCUAAGAAAAAAAUAAGGGGAAUAAGCUGUUGCAAGCCCUUUUGUAGUCUAUUGAAUAUUUUAAAUUUAUAGAUAUUCAAAUUUUCCUACAGAAUGGCCUACUUAAAAUUUUUUCCUUGAUCCAGCAGUGAGUGGUUUUCUAGCUUUGGCCUUUAUUGGGUAUUGUAAAUAGUAGGGUUGUAUUGUUUUCUGUGGCAUUAGCUUCUCCUUGGCUUUUUACCCAUUAGUGUGGUGGGCUUGUAUAAAACUGCUGAGGAAAGUAAUCUACCGGUAUAGAAAGUUUGCUUCCCUGGCAGAGUGAAAACCCUUGCGAAUGAGCCUGGUGGUGAAACACAUCAGGCCAUUCAUUAUUCCUCAAGUGUUAACAUACUGACUUAAGCAGUAUUCAAACCAUCUAGUGCAAUGCCUUUUUUGUUUGUUUUUGUAACACGGGUGCAGUUGUAUUAUAGAAAAAUAAAAAUUACAAUCAUGAGCAGUUUUAUUAAUCCUGCUCUGCUUGUUUUGUAAAAAAAUGUAUAUUACGUCUUUGACAGGUUUAAUUUUAACUAGAGAAAUGACAUUGUAAAUCAGAAUAGCCUCUUUUAAUUUAAUAUGAAAAAUUCAAUUAAAAAUAUUGAAAAUACUUAAUGUAUAUAUUUCUCUACUUUGGUUCCAGCUGUUUUAUAUGAUUGACAUGUUAUUUAUGAGAUAAAACUGCCUUGACCUUUUGGAGACUUAAACUGUAAAAAGAGCA